CCGAGCGCAAAUUACAAAAAAUCACUGAAUUAUUUUUUAAUCUUGAAAAUAUUUAAAGUGCAGAAGGAUGAACGUUUACAUCAGUUAGAAAAGUGUGCUUUAUAUCGAACGCUAAAUAAUGAGUGCAUAUUUUCUUUGUUUAGAUUUUGUUAACGUUUGAUAAUUAUAAUGUAUACUUUGAAGGGUAUCUUUCCCGAACCAAAGAAAGAACAAAAAAAGAACUUUAUCAGAGAAAACAUGAAACAACUAAAAUACAUUCAGAGCAGCAAAUCUCCCAAAGAACCGAAAUAUAAUACUAAAAAUGUCCAUCCACCGCGGCUGACCAACCCUAUCGCAGCUGGAAGCACUCUUGGCCAAGUGAAGUCAUCACCGUCGAAUAAGAGUGGAAAGACAUCAAUAAAUAUUGCAAAGACUAGCUCUACAAGCACUCGUAAAAAAAUGGCGGAUAUACGUAUCAAGAAGGGUGAUAUGGCCGAAUUUCUCAAAAGGAAAGAGUUGAGGCAGUCUAAAGCAACAGAAGAUUGUGCAGAUGAAGAAGUGAAGUCAACAGAGUCAACAGGACGCCUCCGGGACAUUGGCUGUCAAACUGUAGAGUCUAACCUUGCUCAGAAGCUGGCUGAGGGUGCAAAGUUAACAAUGUUAUAUCCUAAGAAAGAGGGUGAAGAUACUGAAGCCAAAAUGAAGGCUAGUGGAGACACUGGUCAUCACAGAAGUCCUCCUCCAUCUCAGCCUCCACGUCGGGCUGGUGAUGAUAAUAAUAUAUUAGAUCUUGAAAGAAAUCGUAGCCGGUUAAAUGCCAUUUUGGAGAGAAAGGAUACCAGGGACCCGUACUUACCAUCAGGUUACCAAAAAGGUGUGGUACCAAAAUACUUACGUGAACGUAAGGAACAGGGUCCAAAGGAGGGAGAGGGUGGCAGGCUGGAAGAAGACCACUCUGUGUGUCCUCCUGGACAUGUGACUCUACCUGAUACUGAGCGUAAAGAAACAUUGAGGAUGCUUAGGAAUAGUUUUGCAGAGUUAGUAAGUGAACUGAAUAAAUUGCCAGUAAAAACAGAUACGCUUAAAAUGCGUAAUAGAAAAAUGGAAUUAGAAAAACAAUUAGCAAAACUUGAGGAAGGAAUCAAAGUGUUUUCCCGACCCAAGGUGUUUGUAAAAAUAGGAGAAUGAGUAGCCUGUGUUUGUUCAAAGUUAAUUGUAAAUUUUUGGUAUUCUAUUAGGCACUAUAGUGCAGUCAGAUUUAUGCAAACAAUUAUUUAGGAUAAAUGUUACACCUGAUAAAAGCAGUCUUUGGUUUCUUUGGUGCCAUUUGUUUUACAAUUUGUUACAAAUGUCAAUUAUUUCACACAUUUAUGAACCAGAAAUAUACGAAAUUUUUGUAUAUUAUAUUUGAACAUAAUGAUGUAUAUACAUUUCUAGAAUAAAAAUGAAGUAUCUAAUGAAUGAUGUAUUAAGUGGAAGAUGUUGACACAUGAUAUUGUUAGAUCUGACUACACAGCUUCUGUUACAGAUUCCGUCCAAACAAAAUCCAAAUUGUGUGUCGCGUUUGUUAUAUGAUGUCGCUAAAUUGUUGUGAUAUCGCUCCGUUAAGAUAAUCUGACGUUGUCGUAUGUUAGUAUUAAUUAUAUUAUUGUAUGUUAUUCAUUGUUGUAACUAAUAUAAUUAGAUACGUUUGUAUGAU